GUAGUUACCUGGAACGUGGGCACAGCUUCUCCACCUCCUGAUGUCACUAGUUUACUUCAGCUCAGCUCCCUGGGCCCAACCAUGGACAUGUAUGCUAUAGGCUUACAGGAAGUGAACUCAAGAAUCACCAAUUUUCUGUCUGACUUGGCAUUUGAUGAUCCAUGGAGCAUUCUUUUCAUGGCUGUGUUGUCUCCAUUGGGAUAUAUCAAGCUCUCCUCCGUUCGCAUGCAGGGGUUACUGCUUCUGAUCUUCGUGAAGCACGUCCACCUUCCUUUCGUACGGGACGUUCAUACCAACUACCUCCGCACAGGCCUCUACGGCUACUGGGGCAACAAAGGAGGAGUCGCCGUUCGCAUGUCCUGGUACGGUCACACGAUGUGUUUCAUCAACUGCCACUUGACAGCUCACAUGGAGAACACCGAGCAGCGACUGGAUGACUUUGAGAAAAUUCUGGAAAUGCGCUUUGAAGAAGAGAAUAUUCCAAGUAUCUUGGAUCAUGAUGUUCUCUUCUGGUUUGGAGAUCUCAACUUCCGGAUAGCCGAUUACGGCAUCCAUUUUGUCCGAGAAUCAAUCAAUAACAAGCGUUACAGUCUGCUGUGGGAGAAGGACCAGUUAAAUAUGGCAAAAAAGAAGGAAGAAUUUCUUAAGGAAUUCAUAGAGGGUCCUCUGCAGUUUAAACCCACCUACAAGUUUGACCUUUAUUCGGAGUUAUAUGAUACAAGUGAGAAGAAAAGAAAGCCAGCAUGGACCGAUAGAAUUCUUUGGAGACUCAAAAACCUCUGCCAGCACGCAUCGAAUGAAAGCGAAUUCUCUGAAGAAGAACGGACAAUUUCUGUGACUUUGAGUAACUAUAUCAGUCACAUGAGCUAUGGCAUCAGUGAUCACAAACCUGUUACGGGAACUUUUGGGCUUGAGGUGAAGCCUCUCCUGUCAGAGCCUUUGGUCACGCUGCAUCCUGAGGGUGAGUGGAGCACGGAACACGAUGUUCUGAUCAGCUACUCUGCAGUGCCUGAAUUCCCAAGCAGUGCUUGGGACUGGGUUGGACUCUUCAAGGUGGCUUUCAGGCAUGUGAAUGAUUAUGUUACUUAUGCUUGGGUAGAAGAUGAUGAAAUUUCUUCUAACAAAGAUAGUAAACAAGUUUACAUGAGUGCUGCAGAAAUACCUGAUACAGGAGGAGAGUUUUUGCUUUGUUAUUACAGCAAUAAUUUGCAGUCAAUAGUUGGUAUCAGCCAGCCUUUUCAGGUUCAGCCUAACAGAACAUUAAUGGAAAAGAAUCUGACACAGGAAGAGAAUAGUUGGAUGCAGAAACCUGACAAUCUGGAAUCGCAUGGGGAGUUCUGA